AUGGCUUAUAAAAAAUUAAAGAUACCAGAUCCAGAUUUAAAAACUCAUAUACCUUCAAUACUUGGUAAAGAUUGGGUAUUUAUAUUUGAAUAUGAUGUGGAUUUUAAUAAACAACAUUUUGAAAUUGCAAUGUCAAAUAUUGUGAAACAACCAAAUAUAAAUUCAACGGUUAUUAUACGAGCAGAUAUUUUAAUUGAAAAUCAAUAUGAUGAGAAUAAAGGUGAUACAAUGUUUAAAAGUAAAUUAAUAAAUGAUUUCCCAAAAGAAGAUGGUUUAUUAUAUCGAGAUAUAUCAGAUUUAGAAAUAAGAAAACCAAAUAUUGAUAUGGAUCUUAAAUUGAAAAUAGAAAUCGUAAGGCGAAUAAUACCGAGAAAUCCAUUUAAAGAUUUUAUAAUAAAUCAAACUUGUAUAAUACUAUCUGGUGAUAAUAGUUUAUUAGUGAUUUAUUCACCACAUAUUAACCACCAAGAUGAAACUCCAUAUUAUUUACCACCUGUUAAAUCAAUUGGUAUAUUAUAUCAUAAGUCAAAGAUCCUGAUACAUUAUCUACCUUAUAUACGAGAGGAAUUAGUUAAUAUGGCCAGCUCUGAAAGACCAAUUAGAAUUGCAUUACGUUUAUUACAAACAUCUAUUAAACAUUCAAAGGGAGUAAAAGAUGGUUAUGAAAAAAGAGUAAUUCAUGAUUUAGUGGUUCCUAAAAUUGAAUUUCAAAAUAGAUAUAUAAGUUUAAAACAAAAAUAUUCAGUAGAUUUAGUUAAUAAUUGGGUUGAAAAGACACCUGCUACAAAACAUGUAUUUGAAGAUUUAGCAAUUGCUGCUUUUCUUAUUGAAUAUUGGAUUAUCAAAGGUUUCAAAAAAGAAGAAUUUGAAUUUAGAGAUUUAGGUUGUGGUAAUGGAUUAUUAGUAUAUAUUUUAAUUAUGGAAGGUUAUAAAGGUAAAGGUAUAGAUGCAAGAGAAAGAAAAUCAUGGUCAAUAUAUCCAAAAGAAGUUAGAGAUAAUUUAUUAGAACAAAUUAUAGUACCAGAGGUAAUAUUACAACCACAUCCAGCAUUAGGAGUCAAUAUUACUCGAGAAUUUAAAAAUGGUGAUAAUAUAUUAACAUCAAAUGAAUUAUUAAAUUCUCCCGAUGUAUGUACAAGUUUCCAAAAGAAUACGUUUAUCAUUGGAAAUCAUUCAGAUGAGUUAACAUGUUGGAUACCAUUAUUUGGACAUCCAUUUUUAGUCAUACCAUGUUGUUCACACGCGUUAAAUGGUGAUAAGGUAAGAUAUCCACCAAUUAAUCGAAAAAAUGUAUCUACUUAUGGUUCAUUAGUUGAUCAUGUUGAAAAAAUUGCACAAAUGACUGGUUGGUUAGUUGAAAAGGAAAUGUUAAGAAUACCAAGUACAAGAAAUGCUGCUAUAAUGAGUAAUAAGAAUAUUUUAAAAGAACUGGAGGAUAUACUGACUACUAGAAAACUAGAUAUUAUAGCAUUAGAAGGUGGUGCAGAGAAAUGGGUUGAAAAUAGUCUUAAAUUAAGGAGUAGUAAUCCAAGAAACCAUUAA